ACAGACACAUUCGCUUGCUGACACACAUACCACGGUGAUGCUACGGUAAACACACAUACACACAAACUGGCUGAGCAUACCGGAUGUGGUGAUUCCUAAAGAAUUAAUCUGACCCCACGGGAUAGCUAGAUGGGUGUCGGUAGUGGUGACGGGACCCUGAGGGCCCGGGGUAAGAAGAAACGGAUCUAUAUCCCUGCCCUUCCAAUGCCCCUGGCGACGCUGUGCUGUGUGCUCAAUUUCAUAAUACCUGGACUUGGAACUAUCGUGGCGGGAUUAUGCGUGUGUUGCUGUUCACGGAACGAGGACAUGGGAGGCGGGGAGCAGUGUGGGAGUUGCACAAUGAGCAUCCUGAUCGGACUCCUUCAGCUAAUUCUUACAGCUCUAAUCAUUGGCUGGGUGUGGUCAUGUGUCUGGGGCGUCAUGAUGAUUGGCAUGUCAUCUGAAUAUUACCACGACAAUCCGGCGUAUGGCGAUACGGCGACAUAUCCGGUAAAUCCACAGCAGCAAGGUGUCCCUGCUAACCAAUACGGAUCUCCGGGACAGGCGGGAGUUCCUCCUAAUCAGACAUACCCCUACCAACCAGCACCAGGUGGUUACCAGCCAGGUCAACAACCACCUUACAACCAGCCUCAACCCUACCAAACACCGGGUCAACCGUACCAAUCACCGGCUCAACCCUACCAAACACCGGCUCAACCCUAUCAACCGUCAGUUCAACCCUACCAACCACAGCCAGGGCCCCACAUGGGCGGGUUCCCUCCUCCAGAGCCAAAUCCAAAGAUGGCCCCUGCGGGUCCGCCACAAGCACCCCCCUACUCAGAAAACAGAUUAGAACCAUCAGCGCCAAUGGAACCACCGCCCCCGUAUUCACCAACGUGAAACAGAAAUGUGAGUCCAUUUCCGGUUUACUAGAAUUCAAAUCACACAUUCCCGGCAAUGCAGCUUGGGACUGUCAGAUGUCAAUCGGUGCCGCAUGAUUGGCUCUGGUGAAGGUUGUUUAGAUAUCUAAUUUUGGAGGAGAUGCUUUAUGAAAUUAAUGAUUCACACUUGGAAACUGGAAUUGUGACAUGUCCAACAAGUGAAUGACGUCAUCGUCUCAAUAUUGUGAGAGGGUUACUCAUUUAUAGGAAACUGUAAUCCAGCUUGGAUUUACUGAUCUACUGAAAUUGUCAGAAGCGUAUUACUGAUAUUUACGCUUCCAAUUCUGUAAUGUCUCAUAACUUAGACUAAUUUUCAUUCCAAGUGUCGUUUUUGUCAUUAUACUUGAUCGUGAAAAAGUUUGAGAACAAACUUGUAAAUAGCGACGACAUAUUUUCGAAGACUUCCGAUUGGCAGUGUUAUCUUUAAUCAGGGCGAGCAGAUUUGGUCUGCGGGCAAUUAAAUGCUGGCUUGUACAUGCCCGAUAAACAAGCGGAAUUUCCUUAAAAGUUUUACCUUUUCAUUUGAGAAAUUAAAAAUGCUACUUAUUCAGUUUAAUUGGACCACCAUGUUUCACCUUUGACCUACAUUGUAGUACUUUUGAUCCCAAACUUGCCCGAAGGACCAGUGACGCUGAAAUCAUACUACUUGCCCUUCAAUAUACAUGUAAUAUUACUUAUCUCAGCUAUGGGGCGCCAAACAAAGCUAACAAUUAUAUGCACGAUUUACGACACUUGGUAACGGAACUAAUUAAAAUCUCAAUGUGAUAAUUACAUUUGUCUUUCAAUAUUCGAGUUCUGAUAAGAUACAGUUUUUAUCUUUACUCAACAAAAAGUUGAUUUAAACAAAUUGAAACCACGCCUUUUUAAUAUGAUUUUUCAUCUUAGUUUAAAAAAAGAUAUCUUUUUGAGUUACGUUUUUAAGCUUUUAUGUGUUUUUGUAAUGUACAUAGCUUCUUACUUGAUUCUCAAUUUCGAGCACAUAUUAUUGUACAGAUUUUCAAUCAAAUAUUACGUACUGUCGGUGGCUAAUAUUUGAUAUUUGUCUUUUCGAUUUGUCACCCGCGAAAAGACACAACGCGACAAAGCGAAACAGCCUUAAAGCAAUAAUCGCCAAAGCGAAAUAACGAAAAAUAGGUAAAAUCGCCAAACUGAAAUACAAUUUGACGACAGUUGUGUUUUAUGCUUUGUGCCCUAGUUUCUUCGGUUUUUUAGGAUUUAUUCAUAUCAAAACAUGAUUUUUGUUUUGGCGAUUUUUCAUCUUUUCGCUUUGACGGAUUUUCGUUAUUUCGUUUUGUCGCUUGAUAUUUUUUCGCAGGCGAUAAAGCGAACUGACGAAAUGUCGUAUGUAAGCCAACGUUAUUGUAUAUACAUGCACGAUGAUGAUAAUGACCUUAAUUCACAAUAACACCCAGCAUGCCUGAUACCUACAAUGCAAUGUAUA